AUGUCACAUUCUCAUCAUCAAGCACAAUCAUCAACAGGGGGCGAGAAAGCGUACGGAAUCAAGGAUCAGAAUCAGGCCGAGCGUCAAAGGGAAUUGGACCUCCAAUACCUUUCCCAAGCGCUCGAUUUAGCUCGGCUGUCGCCUCCAAAGCCAACGAAUUUCCGCGUCGGUUGUGUUAUAGUUGCAAUUCCUACUUCAGUUCAGGCUCAAGCACAGCCUCGUGUUCUAUCAACAGGUUACACUUUAGAACUUCCAGGAAACACACACGCCGAGCAGUGUGCGCUCGCCAAACUCGCCGCUAGGCAUAAUCUGUCUGAGGAACGAGUCUGUGAGUGUCCCGAGUUUUUGGGCUGGACUCUAGGCCCGGAACCAGAUUCCACGGCGGGAGCAGAUACAGAAGCCCAGAGAGCUGGUGUCAUCGUGACUCUAUACACCAGUCUCGAGCCGUGUGCGAAGCGCUUGAGCGGGAACAAGAGUUGCGUCGAGAGAAUUUUGGCGACGAGAAGCAGUAGUGGCGGCUCUGAGUCUUCUUCCACUACUGGUACUGGUGUUAGAGGCAUUCAUCGGAUCGUCUACGGCGCCAAAGAACCAGAUACAUUUGUGCAAAAGUCGACAGCUACCAAAAUUCUUGAAGAGGCCGGAAUACAGGUCGACUACGUGGGAGAUCUGGAGGCAGAAAUUCUCCGUGUUGCCAUGGAGGGUCAUCAGCAUCAGGACCAGGAGGGUCAGCGAUCGAAUGUCACGGAAGCAGGUUCAGGUUCCGUGACACAGUCACAGGAGAAUGGGCAGAGUCAGGGUCAGCAUCAGGGACAAAGUCAGGCACAGCCACAGCCGCGUACAACAGGGACAAACAUUGACGAUAUAUCGCCGGAAGAACGGAGACGACAGGAGGCAUUGCCGAGAAAUCCGAAAAAGAGGAUGAUGGAGGUUAAUGUGCCUCAAGGUCAUAGAUGA